AUGGGAUCUCUACCACCGUCAUCGCUCGACUUCUCAUCUUCCGUUCAUCAAGAUUCCGUUAAAAAUGGCGGAUCCAGCCAUGAGCAUCAAGAGAUCUCCCAUGAUAAUCUCCUCAAUCUCUUCAAAUCUCAGCAAGAUCUUCUCAAUCACUUUUUCAAGCAUCUCGAUCUCUCCCAAACCCUAGAUUUCUCACGCAUUCUACUUUCAACCUCCGGUACUGUUUUCUUCACCGGUGUCGGUAAAUCCGCCUUCGUCGCUAACAAGGUUUCCCAGACGCUCGUCUCCUUAAGCUUCCGCUCAUCUUUCCUCUCUCCUCUCGAUGCGCUUCACGGCGACAUUGGAGCUCUCUCUUCCCACGACGUUCUCGUUUUCUUCAGCAAAUCCGGCGCUACCGAAGAGCUUCUCCGUCUUGUCCCCUGCGCUAAGGCUAAAGGCGCUUUUCUGGUCUCUCUUACGUCUGUUUCUGGGAAUCCACUCGCUGGAGUUUGUGAUAUGAAUGUGCAUUUGCCGCUUGAGAGAGAAUUGUGUCCGUUUAAUCUUGCUCCGGUGACUUCUACGGCGAUUCAGAUGGUGUUCGGUGAUACAAUCGCCGUUGCGCUCAUGGCGGCUAGAAAUCUCUCCAAGGAAGAAUAUGCAGCAAAUCAUCCCGCCGGUAGGAUUGGCAAAAGCUUAAUCUUCAAGGUGAAAGAUGUUAUGAAAAAGAAAGAAGAGCUUCCAGUUUGUAAAGAAGGAGACUUGAUAAUGGAUCAAUUAGUGGAGCUAACAAGCAAAGGAUGUGGAUGUUUACUUGUGGUUGAUGAACAAUAUCGCUUGAUCGGUACAUUCACUGAUGGAGAUCUUCGUCGAACUCUUAAGGCAAGUGGAGAAGCAAUCUUUAAACUCAGUGUUGGAGAAAUGUGCAACAGGAAGCCGAGGACGAUUGGACCGGAAACAAUGGCAGUUGAAGCUAUGAAGAAAAUGGAGUCACCGCCAUCGCCUGUACAGUUUCUACCGGUGGUCAAUGAAGAUAACACUUUGAUCGGAAUUGUAACAUUGCAUGGUUUAGUUUCAGCCGGUCUCUGA